GCGCGGCGGUGAGGCCUGGGGAGCCCUUGGCGCUGGGACGCGCGGGACGGCAUGGCGAUGCACGCCCUCACCGGCUUCUCGCUGGUCAGCCUGCUCAGCUUUGGCUACCUGUCCUGGGAUUGGGCCAAGCCGAGCCUGGUGGCCGACGGGCCCGGCGAGGCCAGUGAGCAGCCCUCUGCCGCUCCACCUCAGCCUCCCCACAUUAUCUUCAUCCUUACCGACGACCAGGGCUACCACGACGUGGGCUACCAUGGCUCAGAUAUCGAGACCCCUACGCUGGACCGGCUGGCCGCCGAGGGUGUCAAGUUGGAGAAUUAUUAUAUCCAGCCCAUCUGCACGCCUUCACGGAGCCAGCUUCUCACCGGCAGGUACCAGAUCCACACAGGACUUCAGCACUCCAUCAUCCGCCCUCGGCAGCCCAACUGCCUACCUCUGGACCAGGUGACCCUGCCCCAGAAGCUGCAGGAGGCAGGUUACUCUACCCACAUGGUGGGCAAGUGGCACCUGGGCUUCUACCGGAAGGAGUGCCUGCCCACCCGCCGGGGCUUUGACACCUUCCUGGGCUCGCUCACGGGCAAUGUGGACUACUACACCUAUGACAACUGUGAUGGCCCUGGGGUGUGUGGCUUCGACCUGCACGAGGGUGAGAGUGUGGCCUGGGGGCUCAGUGGCCAGUACUCCACCAUGCUCUAUGCCCAGCGUGUCAGCCACAUCCUAGCCAACCACAGCCCCCGGCAGCCCCUCUUCCUCUAUGUGGCCUUCCAGGCAGUACACACGCCCCUGCAGUCCCCUCGUGAGUACUUGUACCGCUACCGCACCAUGGGCAAUGUGGCCCGGCGGAAGUAUGCGGCCAUGGUGACCUGCAUGGACGAAGCUGUGCGUAAUAUCACCUGGGCCCUUAAGCGCUAUGGUUUCUACAACAAUAGUGUCAUCAUCUUCUCCAGUGACAAUGGUGGCCAGACCUUCUCGGGGGGCAGCAACUGGCCGCUGCGAGGACGCAAGGGCACUUAUUGGGAAGGUGGUGUGCGGGGGUUGGGCUUUGUCCAUAGCCCCCUGCUCAAGCGAAAGCGACGGACCAGCCGGGCACUGGUGCACAUCACAGACUGGUACCCGACCCUGGUGGGUCUGGCGGGUGGCACUGCCUCUGCGGCCGAUGGGCUAGAUGGCUAUGACGUGUGGCCAGCCAUCAGUGAGGGCCGGGCCUCGCCACGCACAGAGAUCCUGCACAACAUUGACCCGCUCUACAACCACGCGCGGCAUGGCUCCCUCGAGGGUGGCUUCGGCAUCUGGAACACUGCUGUGCAGGCUGCCAUCCGUGUGGGCGAGUGGAAGCUUCUGACGGGGGACCCCGGCUAUGGCGACUGGAUCCCACCGCAGACGCUGGCUGCCUUCCCUGGCAGCUGGUGGAACCUGGAGCGGAUGGCCAGUGCCCGCCAGGCUGUGUGGCUCUUCAACAUCAGUGCUGACCCCUAUGAACGUGAGGACCUCGCUGGCCAGCGGCCUGAUGUGGUCCGCGCCCUGCUGGCCCGCCUGGUGGACUAUAACCGCACAGCCAUCCCGGUGCGCUACCCAGCAGAGAAUCCUCGGGCCCAUCCUGACUUUAAUGGGGGUGCUUGGGGGCCCUGGGCCAGUGAUGAGGAAGAAGAGGAGGAGGAGGAAGAAGCCAGGUCUCGAAGCUUCUCCCGGGGUCGCCGCAAGAAAAAAUGCAAGAUUUGCAAGCUGCGAUCCUUUUUCCGUAAACUCAACACCAGACUGAUGUCCCACCGGAUCUGAUGGUGUGUGUGUGUGUGUGUGUCCUUCUAAAUGUAUUCCCCCACUCAAGCCUGGUCCUGCUCGUCCCCAGGGAGGGUCCUGGGGUCACAUCCCCAUCUGCAGGGAAAUGGAGGGUGUACAGCCCCUCAGUUGAAAGGUGGGGAGCUUGGCUUGGGGGUGGGAGUAGGAUAAACUAGACUGGGGUGCCUGGGUCCCAGUCCUGCCUCCCCAUUGCUCUGUGACCUCAGGUGACCUGCACAAGCUCUCUGGGCCUCGCUGUCCUCAUCUGUGGAAUGAGCUGUAAUGAUGUGGCUCUGUGGUGUGGACCUGGCUCCCGGUGCUAUGGUGGAGUUCCUGGGACCUCACCACCGCCCAGCUCAUUUAAGUUCUCAUCCUUGAGCCCUGACCUCUGCGGGGCCACAUGGAGGCAAGUCCAGGUCUGGAACCCAGCUGAGACAUGGCAAUCUGGCCACUCCAGAGAGAUCCCCAAGUGCGCUGGGUAGAGGUGCAGGGGCCCAGAGAGGUGACCUUCCUGCUUUUUUACAUGGCCUGGGGCCAAAGCUUUCCUCCUUUCCUCAGCACCCAGGGAAUCGGCCCAGCUGUUAGCUGCUACAGGGCCGAGGGGGUGGACACAGCUAUGAAAAGAGCCCCUAAACCAACAACCAGGACAUCUGGGUUCUGUUUUGACCUCGGGCCAGUCCUUCACCUUUGGGCCUCAAUUUCCCCACCUGAAAUGGGGAUCCUAGCCCUGGCUCCGCCUUCCUCC